AUGGAGAACAGCACCACUGUCACUGAGUUCAUUUUGCUGGGGCUGUCUGAUGCCUGUGAGCUGCAGGUGCUCAUUUUCCUGGGCUUCCUCUUGACCUACCUCCUCACACUGCUGGGAAACUUCCUCAUCAUCUUCAUCACUCUUGCGGACAGGCGUCUUUACACCCCCAUGUACUACUUCCUGCGCAACUUUGCCGUCCUAGAGAUCUGGUUCACCUCCGUCAUCUUCCCCAAGAUGCUAACCAACAUCAUCACAGGACACAAGACCAUCUCCCUACUAGGCUGCUUCCUCCAGGCAUUCCUCUAUUUCUUCCUGGGCACCACGGAGUUCUUUCUACUGGCAGUGAUGUCCUUUGACAGGUACGUGGCCAUCUGUAACCCUCUGCGUUAUGCCACCAUCAUGAGCAAAAGAGUCUGUGUCCAGCUUGUGUUUUGCUCAUGGAUGUCGGGAUUACUUCUCAUCACGGUUCCCAGCUCCAUUUUAUUUCAGCAGCCAUUCUGCGGCUCCAACAUCAUUAAUCAUUUCUUCUGUGACAACUUUCCACUCUUGGAACUAGUAUGUGCAGAUACAAGCCUGAUGGAGUUCCUGGGUUUUGUUAUUGCCAACUUCAGCCUCCUGGGCACUCUGGCUGUGACUGCCACAUGCUAUGGCCACAUCCUCUACACCAUCCUGCACAUCCCCUCAGCCAAGGAGAGGAAGAAAGCCUUCUCAACUUGCUCCUCUCACAUCAUUGUGGUGUCUCUCUUCUAUGGCAGCUGUAUCUUUAUGUAUGUCCGGUCCGGCAAGAGUGGACAGGGGGAGGAUCACAACAAGGUGGUGGCAUUGCUCAACACUGUAGUGACACCAACACUCAAUCCCUUCAUCUACACCCUGAGGAACAAGCAGGUGAAGCAGGUGUUUAGGGAGCAUGUGAGCAAGCUACAAAAGUUGAGCCAGACGUGA